AUGGCUGAAUUUCAACUCCCAGUUCUGUCUCAUCAAGCGAAUAAGAAAGCUCCCGGAGUCUACGAUAUCCCAAAUCUCCCCUACUGGGCGCGAAGUGACAUUAAAUACGCCCAGAAUUUGCUCGAGUGCUCCGACGAACCCAUCGAAUACGAUCACGAGGACGAAGACUACCAAGAUAAUUGCUUCUUCUUCCCCGAGGAUUGCUCCUGGUCUCCACCUUCAAAUUGGGUCCUUGACGACGAGAAUUCCGAAGACGAUCUCACCACCAGUAGUGAUUCGGACCAGCACGACUGCGACGGUGACACCAUGAUUCCCGGGCUCCCCAACAUCAAGAUGCUCGAUGCGGAGGCGCUCAGCGAUCUGCUUGAGGAUAAUCUGUCGCCUCCGGAAAUCACUUCUAUCCUUGUGUUUGCUACAAAUGGUGCCAUCUUCGCUUACGCGUCGUCCCUUUCCUCCCGGCAGCUGCGCAACCUGAGCGCGACGUACGGAGCCGCCUACACAUGUUACGCCAAGAACGCCUCAAGCGGGAACCUGACAGGGGUGAACCCGGCCAGUCAUCCGUCAUCAUACGUCACGGCUCAGUCGGUGUCGCUGGGGGACGUGGGCUCUAUUGUCUUUGAGCUGGACGACUCGGUCGCUGUCGUCACCAGGAUUGCGGACAAAGUCCUUCUUGCGGCGGUAGGUCCGUCGAAUCUGGAUACCGCCGACGAGGCCGCCACCCAAGCCAGCCAGAAUGGGGCAGCGAGGAUCGAUGCCGAAGCAAUGUCGGCAACUGACUCGCUUUCGAACGGACCACGGCCGCCCACCAACGGAACAUACAGCCAGGUUCUCGCGAACGCGACGUCAUCGCCGAGCGGUACCUCGCGCAACGACAACGAAGCCCACACGCAAGCCGACGCGGAGCUGGAGACGCAGUACGCAAUCGAUCGGAGUAGCGAUCUCGCGCGCCUGGCAAGCCUGAAUCUCUCGGCAUCGCCAUCUACCCUGCUGGCGCUUGAGUCCAAGGCCGCCGCGCUGGGCAGAUUCCUGAGCGAGAAACUAGAGGAUCUCGAGAGUCCCGAGGAUUUCUGA